GGUUCAUAUUUCAUGACUUUAUAUUAUUUUAUUUUAUUUAAAUCAAUCCUUACAGAUUGCAACUACUGUCCUCAAUCUAUGGUGUUAGUCCCAUUAGUCGUAAAAUGUCAAUACCACUUUUGUCACUGUCAAUAUUUUUCUAAUUUGUAAUGGAGGGAAAAUUGAGGGAAUAAUUCCAUUUAUAUAAUUAAUUUUUCUUGGUUGUACAUUCUUCGUUUCUAACGGACUAUUUUUUUUAUUAAUUGAUAUAACUAUAAUCUCUUUGUAUUUGAAAAUACCGAUGUGGCGAAGAGAUAAUAAAUUUCCUGACAAUGGCUUUGAGCAAUGGGGUGGAUACAUGCAAGCUAAAAUUAAUAAGCUUGAAGAACAGUUUUCUUCCAGAGCUGGAAAUGAAGCGAAAGAGAGUAAUAUCUUUAACGGUGUAAGUAUUUAUGUCAAUGGUUUUACAGUACCAUCUGCUGAUGAAUUAAAAGUUCUUAUGGUUAGACAUGGUGGAGUUUAUCAUACUUAUCAAAAAAAUAAUGAUUAUAUUAUUGCUUCUAAUUUACCUGACACGAAGGUUAAGAAUAUGUCUUUAGCCAGGGUAGUAAAGCCUGAAUGGAUUACAGAUAGUAUAAAAUCCAAUCAUUUAUUGGAUUAUAGAGAAUAUUUAUUAUAUCGAAAUUCCAUCACACAGCCGCAAUUAAAUUUUGCAAAAGUUAGUAAAACUUUAAAUUCCUUAGUUGAAAAUGCACCACAAUUAAAACAGACUGUUAGUGGGAAAGAGAAUGAUAUUUCAAAUUUUAUGAAAAAAGAAGAAAAAGAAAUAGACCAAUUUAUGGUUUCAGAAGUGAAAAUGUCUAAUGAUAUUAAACAGCCAGAUAAAAGUUUUAGUAAUUCAAAGGUAAAUAAUCAAUCAAAAGUAGAUGAUAUUGAUUCAGCAAAGUUCAAAAACAUAAAUGACAUUAAUAAGAUUAUUCAAACAACAAAGACAGCGGCUGAUCCAAACUUCAUUUCUGAAUUUUAUAACAAUUCAAGAUUGCAUCACAUAUCACAACUUGGUGCAUGUUUCAAACAGUAUGUGAAUGAUCUCAGAGAGAAAACUGAUUUUUUGUUUCCCUCACGUGCUUGGUUGAAGGAAGAGAUUUUUAAAUCAAGAAAGCAAGCCAAUUUAUCACAAUUAAAUUUUGAAAACGGAAAAGUGAUUAUGCACAUUGACAUGGAUUGUUUUUUUGUUUCUGUUGGGUUACGAAAUAGACCAGAGCUUCGUGGUAAACCUGUUGCAGUUACUCAUUCCAAAGGUGGACAGUUUAGAACGAAGAGAUCUGGUGUUGAUCGAAAUACAGAGUUUCAGCUCUAUAGACAAAGGCAAGCCAAACAAAUAGGGAAAGCAGCUGGUAUACCUGAAGAAGAAGUUGAAUUUGAAAGUAGAGUGGAUAACAUUGCUGAUGAGGAUGAUAAAUAUGGUUGCAUGAGUGAAAUAGCUUCAUGUUCAUAUGAAGCUCGGGCUAAAGGCAUUAGUAAUGGCAUGUUUAUGGGUGCUGCUUUAAAAUUAUGUCCUGAUUUACAAACAAUAUCAUAUGAUUUUGAAGGAUAUAAGGAAGUAGCAUUUACUUUAUAUAACACAAUAGCACAAUAUACAUUGGAUAUAGAAGCUGUGUCUUGUGAUGAAAUGUAUGUAGAUUGUACGGAACUUUUAAAAGAUACAGGAAUAGGUGUUCAAGAAUUUGCAACAUUUCUACGAACAGAAAUAAAAAGUAAGACUGGUUGUCCAUGUUCCACAGGGUUUGGGGGGAAUCGUUUACAAGCUAGGUUGGCAACAAAGCAUGCUAAACCUGAUGGGCAAUUUUUUUUAAUAGUGGAAUUGGUUGAAGAUUUCAUGUUUAAUAUCAAACUUAAAGAUUUGCCAGGUGUAGGAAGGCAAACAGCCCAAAAAUUAGAGUCUAUAGGACACCAAACUUGUGGGUCUUUGCAAAGUUUAUCUUUGGCUAUUUUGCAAAAUCACUUUGGUAAUAAAACUGGAGCAUUAUUAUUUGAUCAGUGUCGAGGUCGGGAUACCACUCCACUGACAUUUUUUACUGUAAGAAAAUCUGUAUCGGCAGAGGUUAAUUAUGGAAUAAGAUUUGAAAAUAACAAUCAAUGUAUAGAAUUUCUUAAGCAACUGUCUGUUGAAGUUCAAACAAGAAUGCAGCAAUACAAAGUUUUAGGAAAGUGUAUAACUUUAAAACUCAUGGUGAGAGCUGAAGAAGCUCCAGUAGAAACUGCCAAAUUUAUGGGUCAUGGAUUUUGCAAUGUUAUAAAUAAGUCUACUUCAUUAAAUAAUGCUACAAAUGAUGUGGAAGUUAUAACCAAAGAAGUUAUUUCACUAUGGAAAAAACAAAACAUAGAUCCUAAAGAAAUGAGAGGUGUGGGUAUUCAGAUUACAAAGUUAGAUACUGUUAAUAAUAAGCCAAUAAAAGGAACUUUAAGCAAAUUCUUAGUAAAUGUUAAAACUAAAACAGAAGAAAAAUGCAACUCUUUAAAUAUACCUGAAUCAGUAGACUUUAAAUCUAAACCAGAAUGUAAACCGGAUUUUAGCACAAAAAACAGUUCCAAAACUACUCCAAAGAAAACCAAAUCUAUUGCUAUAGCUAAACAGAAAUCACCAGUAACUGUAUUUCCAAAAUCUCCAUCAGGUAAACGUGGUAGACCACCAAAAGUUGCCAAAAUUCAAGUUCCUUCAAGAAAUCUCUUAAAAACCUUCAUAAAAGGUUCAAAUAUAAAAGAUACCCCUUACAAGAAUCCAAUGGUUAAUACAGUGAUGCCUGAGAUAGAAAUAGUUAAAAAAGAAGAGAAGCCCCAAGGAUUGCUUAGUCUGCCAUGGGAAAAGAUUCGUGAAUUACUAAGAGCUUGGUUAGAUAGUGGUCAAACACCUUUACCUUGUGAUGUGGGGAUGGUCACAGAGUAUAUGUGUGAAAUGGUUGUAAAUAAAAAUAUUGAUAAAUUAUAUAUUUUGAUUAAGUUUCUAAGAAGAAGAACAAGUGAAAUUGGCAGUGAUGACUGGAAGGAAGUUUACAAAAUUAUUAUUGAAAAUGUACAAAAUGCAAUGAUAGCUGUCUAUGGAAAGCCUUUGUUUUUAGGAGACUGAUAAUAUUAAA